AUGACGAAUCCAGCGAUAGAAACGAUCUUACGAGAAGCAGUUUCCAGUGGCAUGUUCCUAGGCCUGAGCUUCAUAGCAGUUGACAAGAAUGGAAAGGAAAUCUACUCUGGCUCACAUGGACGACGAACCUUCGAUUCCGAUGAACCGAUGACCCUCGCAACCCCCGGCUGGCUAGCCUCUAUGACCAAGCUGAUGACUGCUGUUGCGGUGUUGCACACUGUUCAAAGAGGCCUGGUCACGCUCGAUGAAGACGUCGCUACUAUUCUACCCGAGCUUCGCGAGAAGGAGAUAUUGAUCUCGUACAAUGCAGAAACUAAUGAUGCCAAGUUUGAGGCUGUGAAAGGAGAGAUCACAUUGCGACGCCUGUUAACUCAUUCCUCCGGCUUCGUAUAUCACUUCUUAUCACCUGAGCUCCAAGCAUGGGCUAUUCAAAAUAACCGUACAGUAUUGACUAUGACCGGUGACUUUACAAAUGAUUGGGAUCGUCCGAUGACCUUCCACCCAGGAACAGACUGGGGUUACGGUGAGGGUCUAGACUGGGCAGCAAAAGUCGUCGAAAAGGUAAGCGGACAGUCACUAGGCGAGUACCUACAAGAACAUGUUUGGACACCAUUGGAAAUGAUAGGAGCUACCUUCCACCCGGAGAAACGCGACUCAUAUCCCAUGUUGGAAAUGGGUAAGCGGGAAAAUGGACCGAGCAGCAAGCUCACCCGCGCUGAUGGGCUAGUCUGGAAGUAUCCGGUUCCAUCCGUGAAUGAGGCAGGUGGUGCUGGAUUAUUUUCUAGCGCGGAGGAUUAUAUCAAGCUCUUGGCUGCUCUACUUCGCAACGAUGGCGUACCGCUCGAGAAGGAGUUCCUUGAGGAGCUUGUGAAGCCACAGUUAAACGAAGCGGGGAGAAAUGCCUUGAAAAGAGAGCGUGAUCACUGGGUUUUUCCUGAAAUACCGAAGGACGUUUCGGUUGAUUAUGCACUCGGUGGAAUUGUUACCACUGGAGAUGUGCCUGGGGGACGACCUCAGGGAGCUGUGGCUUGGGAUGGAUUCAGCAAUUCGAAUUGGCUCCUGGAUCGUAAGACGGGGAUUGCAUUUGUGUUGGUCACGCAGAUAUUGCCAGAAGAUCCUGCUUCAAAGGAACUUUGGAGUAAAUUAGAAAAUGCAGUCUAUGCUUCUCUUUGA